AGUGGCGCGACGCGGUGGAGGGAGUGUCGUGUAAACAGUGUCCUUCCGCGCGGCGGCCUCGGAGAGAGCUGCGACCCGGGGGGGCGUGCCUGGGUUCCAGGAGCUUCGCUCGGGCCCGGGAAAGGCGGCAGUGGGCUGGGAUCGCGGUGGCCCUGUGCGUGCUAGCCAAUGGCUGGACUGGCUCCCGCCUCGGGCGGAGGAAUCCCGGGCUGUGAAGCGGCUGGAAUCCGGGCCCAUGUGCUUCUUUGUUUACUAAGAGCGGAAGCGCUGGCGGGAGCGGUGGUGGCUUGCGGGACCUCCCUGGUGGCGGAGGUCCCGGCGAGAUAAGGGGCUCGGGGGACCCAAAGAAGGCAGGGAUCAUGGAGGUGGAAAGAAAGCAGAGAACCUUGAGGCCGGAGUGUGGGAGGUCAAUGGGGAACGGCGCCAGGAUUUUAAAGUAGGGACAGGAAAUCCCCUGGGGAAUAGAUGUUGGCUCGCACUGUGCACUGCCACGGGCUCUUUAUUCUUCGCUGGUUAAAACAGACUGUGCAAAAGAGUUAUGCCCACUUUGGGGAGAAUUCGAAAAGGUUAAGAAGUUCUUACAAGAGUUUUACCAGGAUGAUGAACUUGGGAAGAAGCAGUUCAAGUAUGGGAACCAGUUGGUUCGGCUGGCUCAUCGGGAACAAGUGGCUCUGUAUGUGGACCUGGACGACGUAGCCGAGGAUGACCCCGAGUUGGUGGACUCAAUUUGUGAGAAUGCCAGGCGCUACGCAAAGCUCUUUGCCGAUUCCGUACAAGAGCUGCUGCCUCAGUACAAGGAGAGGGAAGUGGUAAAUAAAGAUGUUCUGGACGUUUACAUUGAGCAUCGGCUGAUGAUGGAGCAGCGGAGUCGGGACCCUGGAACAGCCCGAAGCCCCCAGAACCAGUACCCUGCUGAACUCAUGCGCAGAUUUGAGCUGUAUUUUCAAGGCCCAAGCAGCAACAAGCCUCGUGUGAUCCGGGAAGUGCGGGCUGACUCUGUGGGGAAAUUGGUGACUGUGCGUGGAAUCGUCACUCGUGUUUCUGAAGUCAAACCCAAGAUGGUGGUGGCCACUUACACUUGUGACCAGUGUGGGGCAGAGACCUACCAGCCGAUCCAGUCUCCAACUUUCAUGCCUCUGAUCAUGUGCCCAAGCCAGGAGUGCCAAACCAACCGCUCAGGAGGGCGGCUGUAUCUGCAGACACGGGGCUCCAAAUUCAUCAAAUUCCAGGAGAUGAAGAUGCAAGAACAUAGUGAUCAAGUGCCCGUGGGAAAUAUCCCUCGUAGUAUCACGGUGCUGGUAGAAGGAGAGAACACAAGGAUUGCCCAGCCUGGAGACCACGUCAGUGUCACUGGUAUCUUCUUGCCAAUCCUGCGCACUGGGUUCCGACAGGUGGUACAGGGUUUACUCUCAGAAACCUACCUGGAAGCCCAUCGGAUUGUGAAGAUGAACAAGAGUGAGGAUGAUGAGUCUGGGGCUGGAGAGCUCAGCAGGGAGGAGCUGAGGCAGAUUGCAGAGGACGAUUUCUACGAAAAGCUGGCAGCUUCAAUCGCCCCAGAAAUAUAUGGGCACGAAGAUGUGAAGAAGGCACUGCUGCUCCUGCUAGUGGGGGGUGUGGACCAGUCUCCUCGAGGCAUGAAAAUCCGGGGCAACAUCAACAUCUGUCUGAUGGGGGAUCCUGGUGUGGCCAAGUCUCAACUCCUGUCGUACAUUGAUCGGCUGGCCCCCCGCAGCCAGUACACAACAGGCCGGGGCUCCUCGGGAGUGGGGCUUACAGCAGCUGUGCUGAGAGACUCCGUGAGUGGAGAACUGACUUUAGAGGGUGGGGCUCUGGUGCUGGCUGACCAGGGCGUGUGCUGCAUUGAUGAGUUCGACAAAAUGGCCGAGGCCGACCGCACAGCCAUCCACGAGGUCAUGGAGCAGCAGACCAUCUCCAUUGCCAAGGCCGGCAUCCUCACUACACUCAAUGCCCGCUGCUCCAUCCUGGCUGCUGCCAACCCUGCCUAUGGGCGCUACAACCCCCGCCGCAGCCUGGAGCAGAACAUACAGCUGCCUGCCGCGCUGCUCUCCCGGUUUGACCUCCUCUGGCUGAUUCAGGACCGGCCUGACCGAGACAAUGACCUACGGUUGGCCCAGCACAUCACCUAUGUGCACCAGCACAGCCGGCAGCCCCCCUCCCAGUUUGAACCUCUGGACAUGAAGCUCAUGAGGCGUUACAUAGCCAUGUGCCGUGAGAAGCAGCCCACGGUGCCAGAGUCUCUGGCUGACUACAUCACGGCAGCGUAUGUGGAGAUGAGGCGAGAGGCUUGGGCUAGUAAGGAUGCUACCUAUACUUCUGCUCGGACCCUGCUGGCUAUCCUGCGCCUUUCCACUGCUCUGGCGCGUCUGCGAAUGGUGGACGUAGUGGAGAAGGAAGAUGUGAAUGAAGCCAUCAGGCUAAUGGAGAUGUCAAAGGACUCUCUUCUGGGAGACAAGGGGCAGACAGCUAGGACUCAGAGACCAGCAGAUGUGAUAUUUGCCACCGUCCGUGAACUGGUCUCAGGGGGCCGAAGCAUCCGGUUCUCUGAGGCAGAGCAGCGCUGCGUAUCUCGUGGCUUUACACCCGCCCAGUUCCAGGCGGCUCUGGAUGAAUAUGAGGAGCUCAACGUCUGGCAGGUCAAUGCUUCCCGGACACGGAUCACUUUUGUCUGA